AACUUAAAAGCACUACUACUUCUUGAGCCUUUUAAACUGCACAAACAAAUGGCUCCAAGAAUCUCCCUUGCACUCUUCCUUUCCCUCAACCUCCUCUUCUUCACUUACACCUCUGCGACCACCCCGAGCAGAAGGACUUGUCCUAAAGAUUCCCUACAACUCGGUGUUUGCGCCAAUGUACUCAAGCUAGUGGACCUAACAUUGGGAAACCCACCAGUAAAGCCAUGCUGCUCUCUCAUCCAAGGCUUGGCUGACCUUGAGGCUGCUGUCUGCCUCUGCACUGUGCUCAAGGCUAACGUUCUUGGAAUCAACCUUAACCUUCCCAUUGAUCUAAGCGUUCUCCUCAAUGUUUGCAGUAGAAAAGCUCCAAAGAACUUCCAGUGCGCGUAAGUGAAAAAACUUAUGGCAUACCUAUAAAAUAAACGAAUCAUACGUUUAAUGAAGUCUCGAACUUAUAGUCUUUUCUUCAUGUUUUAUGUUAAGGUGAUCUAUUUUUUGUAUUUUUCUUGAAUUGUUAACGUACGUUUUCAUGUAAUAAUGGAUACUACAUGGGUUUGUCUAUGCAUGUAAUCGGCAAAUUUGUUCUCCUUUGCUUCAUUGUUCCUUUUUAUCUUCUUUGUAACUGUAUUUUUCGAAUUUUACUUAUAAAUUCACUUCUCACUA